GUGAAGGGAUCUCAUUGUAAGCAGAGGCUCUAUCUGAUUGACAGCUGGAGUGUCCUAAAAAGGGAUUGAAAUGAUAUUUAUCAGAUGGUUUAUAUAGGAGAGUAGUGAAGACGCACAGGACCUGCCAUUUACAGAGCUGGGAGCUAGAAGCAGGGCACUGAACCAACUUAAUGCCAGAACUUCCUAUACUGCACUUCAGUGCGCGCUGCUGCUUGUGCCUGGACCAUCUUACAGCCAGACUCUAAAUUACUCCCCUACUGCCAAGCAGUGCCCUGUCCUUCUGCUGGCAACACCCACCAAUUGACAGACCCUGCAUUGCUCCCUUGCUGACAGACCCUACACCCGUCUCUAGACCCUUUGCUACCUUGCAUCAACCACUUGCCAGACCCUGCAGCCAACCCCUGAGCAACCUACUGCCAGGCUCUGCCCUCUUUGAACUUCCAUCACCUGAAACACCUUCUGCUAGAAGCCUCUGUGCCCCCUGCUGCCCCCAGACCCUACACCAGGCUUUGCUUUCAGACCCUGCACCACUUGGAUCCCUUCACUCUCUUCACUGAUUUCUCUUCUGACCGACUAGACCAAGGAGAGAAGUGAACUACCCCUGCAGCGGCUCAUCAUGCACUGCCAAGCCGAGCUGAGGCUCACCUCCCCCGGACAGCUCAAGGCAGCCAGGCGGCGCUACAAAUCCUUCAUGAUAGAUGAGAUCUUAUCCAAGGAGACCUGCGAUUACUUUGAGAAAUUGUCCCUGUACUCGGUGUGUCCCUCUCUGCUGAUCAGGCCCAAGCCCCUUCACUCUUGCUCUGGUUCAUCUUCACUCAGGUCAUAUCCUCUUCUCUCCGUCAUCACUCGGCAACCCAAUGUGGUUACUCACUUAGUCCCUUCUCCUUCAUCUUCUCAUAUUUCUGUUCUUUCGCCUACACAUCUUUCUCCAAGUUGUGCCCGGUCUGAAACUCCUGCUAGUGAAGGUCACCACAGCAGUGAAUCAGAAAUAGAACAAACCACCCCUCGUGUCAAGAAACCGCGACGAAGCAGAACCAUCUUUACAGAACUUCAACUCAUGGGACUGGAAAAGAAAUUCCAGAAGCAGAAAUAUUUGUCUACGCCAGACCGUCUCGAUUUGGCUCAGUCCUUAGGCCUCACUCAACUGCAAGUGAAGACUUGGUAUCAAAAUCGUCGCAUGAAAUGGAAAAAAAUUGUGCUGAAAGGAGGUCAAGAAGCGCCAACUAAACCUAAAGGGCGUCCCAAGAAAAAUUCCAUCCCGACUUCUGAAGAAAUAGAGGCAGAAGAGAAGAAUCGGUUGGCAGAAGCAUCUGAUGGCACAGGACAUGAUGAGGAACCAAACCAAUGGACAAAUGAAAAUGACGAUGAUGAAGAAUCUGAUGAGCUGAAUGUAGAGGAGGAAUGCCAGAGUCUAGGGUCGCAGUCACCAUCGUUCUCUUCAGCAUCUCAUCUUGAGAGCUCAUCCAGAGGAAAUGCUUCCCUGAGCUAAACAGAGAAUAUUUAUAACAAACUAUUUAAAUGCUGCAUAUAAAACACAAAUACACACUUCUGGCUGCUGUUUGGACAGAUGUAGGGACUUGUGAAAUGCAGAAGUUACCCCAUUCUAAGUGUCUUCCCCUGGAAUCAAUAGAAACUGCCAUUCAGAAGAGACAGAAUAGUGAGUGAUACGGUACUGCUGCAAAAAAAAGACUCUUGCAUUAUGUACAACUGAAAUAUUUUGCUGUGUUUGGACAAUGUAUAUAGUGUUCCUUAUUUUUUAAUAUUUUUUUUUGCCAGAAGCUACAGUGAAAAGGAAGAAAAAAAUAUGGGAAAAAUAAAAUGUCCCUAUUGUGACUUAAUUUGCGAUGGAUUGAAAUGAAGUGUUUAUAUGUUGCAUGUUACAAAUUGUCUACCAAAAAGUACUUUUAUAGCUAUAUUACUGGUUUCAUAAUGAGAUGUCUAAAGUAGAUGCACCUCAUUAUUUAUCAUAUCUGGUUUUGAUUGGGUGGAAUUUAACAGGACAUGGAAACAAAUACAUUCUAUCAUACCUUUAAUAAAGGUGUAAUUAAACAUUUGAAAA